AACAAACAAAUCUAACACUGACAAACCCUCCUGGCUUUUUCCAACACACAGAACGCAGAUGCAAGAAGAGUUCUCGUUGGACAUGGAAGGAGAAGAAGACGAGGAUGAGAUAGUUUGUUUAGACGAAUCUUUCUUCAUCAAUGACAAUUACCAGCUAACGAAUUUUACAUUUGGGUCUCAAGUUAUUCAACUAUUUUGUCUCCACUCUGCUUCUACUGAUUAUGAUCUGACGGGACAAUUGGUUUGGCCUGGCGCCAUGCUGUUGAAUAAUUACCUUUCAAAGAAUUCUGAGAUGCUCCAAGGAUGUUCUGUUAUCGAAUUAGGCUCUGGUGUUGGAAUUACCGGAAUACUUUGCAGCAGAUUUUGCCAUGAUUUUGUCUUGACAGACCAUAAUGAUGAAGUGCUCAAGAUACUGAAGAAAAAUAUAGAGCUGCAUGCAUCUCCUGAAAAUCCAAAUUGUUGUACUGGAUUAGUAGCUGAGAAGCUAGAAUGGGGAAAUAUUGAUCAGAUCAACCAAAUUCUACAAAAUUAUUCGGGAGGGUUUGAUUUAGUUCUUGGAGCUGACAUAUGCUUCCAACAAUCCAGCAUUCCUUUGCUUUAUGACACUGUGAAACAUCUCCUUCAAAUAAGAGGGAAAGGACGGUGCAAAUUCAUACUUGCCUAUGUAUCCCGAGCUAAGAUCAUGGAUUCAUUGGUCAUUAAUGAAGCUAUUCGGCAUGGAAUGGAAAUAACUGAAGUAGCUGGGACACGAUCUGUUGUUGGGAAUCUUGAUGGAACCAUCUUUGAGAUCACCCUUCAAUAGAAACAGGAGAUAUUUCGGGCAAAUACAUGUCAGAAAAACAGAGAGAGAAAGAGAGAAGAUUGGGCAAAUGACAGAAACCUUUCACUUUUUAGGGCAUAAAAGUUCUGGGUAUUCAUGUCAUUGUCUUUAAAUAUCAUUUGCGUUUGGCAUGCAAUUAACUUCCUCAUUAUGAAAUCAGCUUGUAAGACCAUAUGGUUGGGAAGUGGUGCCUGCAAAAGUUGACCUUGUCUCUUAUUUGGCCAAAAAUUAAAGAGCUUCAAUUUAAUGGUAUUUGGAUGAUUGAA